AGGUAAUGGCCAGCAGCUCUCAUUCAGCCAGUUGACAUACGGGACUCUGGAGUUGAAGACUGGUUAAUUUGUCCACAAAAGGUGUACUUUGUUUUCCCGCACACUUCUCUUCCCACUAUAGACUCACUUGUGUUUCUUGUUCGUUCAUCUCAUUUUUCGGCAACCUCCUCACCCUAGAACAAAGCAGACACCUCAAAAUGAGCGAUUCAAAUCUCGACAACACUCCCGAAAUGUCUAACCGCAAGAUAUUCGAGCUCAUUAGCUCUGCAGCCGUCGACGGCUCUGCAGCCCGACUGGGCAAACUCUCUCUCCCAGGCAAAAAGGUCAUCGACACACCAAACUUCUUCGCAGUCACAUCCCGCGGGGCGGUGCCUCAUCUCACUCCUGAUAAUCUCACCAGACACACGUCUGUAAACGGAUUGUACAUGGCCCUUGAAGAUUUCAUUGAGAAGAAGGAGCCUCCCGUAUACCAAACUCCUGGUAGUGAGACUUCACGCCGGCUACACAAAUUCACAGCCCUGCCCUCAGAGAACAUUUCCAUACUUGGUCCGCGGCGAUCUCCGGCCGUGACAACCCCUUAUGGAAACACCCCCAAGGCAAUGACCGUAUUCACUUGCACCGGAUUCCGCAGUGUAACGGUACCCGAAUAUGCAUCCGCCGUCCAGUUGUUGCAACCCGACAUUGUGCUCCCAAUGGCCGAGCUGCCGCACACCAGCACAACGCCUUCGUCGAAAAAGCUGAUUCGAAUGGCGGAGCGGACCGAAGUGUGGCUGGAUGAAUUCUUGGACAGAUUGAGUUCCUCCAAAGCCCCUGAAGCCCUGGAGAGCUCUGUCUUUGCCCCCGUGCUCCCAGUCGAGUAUCCCAUUCAGUGGGACUAUCUCAGACACCUGUCCGAAGACGUACUCGAUAAAAUUGAGGGGCUGGCAGUCUACGGCACGAAUCUGCUUCCCGAGCUCGUCAACUACCCUCCCCUGGCACCUCUCCCCAAACUAUCCAUGGACCCUCCCAAAACCCCCCACGAUGUCCUGCGACAGAUUUCCCUCGGCAUCGACAUUUGCACAGUUGGCUUUGCAAACAGCACCUCUGACGCCGGCGUUGCCAUGACAUUCUCCUUCCCACCCCCAAGCGUCGACGGAGUACAGCCCCUCGGGAUCAACAUGUGGUCCCCCGAGCACAACGUCGCCAUGGUACCGCUUGUGGAAGGCUGUCCGUGCUACACCUGCACGAAGCACCACCAGGCGUACCUCCACCACCUGCUCAACGCAAAGGAGAUGCUCGGCUGGAACCUGCUGCAGAUCCACAACCACCACGUCAUUGACCAGUUCUUCGCAGGCAUCCGCGAGACGCUCGUCAAGGGCGGGCAGGCUGCCUUUGAAGAAGCGGCGCGCAGGUUUACUGCCGCGUAUGAGCCUGUGCUGCCCGAGGGUACGGGUGCCAGGCCCAGGGCGAGGGGCUACCACUUCAAGAGCGAGGCCAGCGCGGACAGGAUCAACAAGCCGGCUUGGGUGGAUUUGGACAAGGAGGCGUCGGCGCAGAUUGCAAGUCUUGCGCCUGAGCCUGAUAGUCGGGAUGAGGUGGUGGCGGUGGUUGAUGUGGAGGCGGCUGCAGCAGCGCUGAGUAUAUCUUAG